CUCGCGACCCGUCGGCUGGCCGGGGGAAAAUGAAGAGCGAAAGUUGGUAGUCGGCGAGCGCGGCUCCCAACGAGGAAGAAAACGAAGCGACCGAUCGCGCUCUGGCUGGAUAAGGAACGACCAAGAUGCCACGCUCCUUUCUGGUCAAGAAAGUCAAGUACCCGGUGUCCAACUACCAUGCCAGCGGGCCCCGUUGGUACCGGCAACCGUCCAGCCCAACGGAGGCGGCGCCGGUGCCGAGCCCGCAGCCCAGUUCGCCCAGCCGCGGCGGCGCCGUCGCCCUGCCGGCCUACGACUACUCGAGCCCGGCGUACGAAAGCGGGAGUACCGGAUUGGCACCCGUGACGGUGCUACCGGACGGCGCCCCGAGCCCGGCCGGCGCCGAGGCGAAGGAGUACCACGAGUUGUCGCCGGCCUUCCACUUCGACGCCAACGAGGACGUGGCGAGCAAUGUCGACGUGGUGUCCGAGCCAAGCCCCCCGCCGAGCCAGAGCGAAAACAAGCCUCCCCUGGCCGACGGCCGCAGCCGGCGCAAGGGCCGCGACAGCUCGCCCCGCGCCAAGCGCAGUCCCGAGCGGCCGCGCUACACGUGCGGCGAGUGCGGCAAGCACUACGCGACCUCGUCGAACCUGUCGCGCCACAAGCAGACGCACCGCAGCCCGGACUCGCAGCUGGCCAAGAAGUGCCCGACGUGCGCCAAGGUGUACGUGUCCAUGCCGGCGCUGGCCAUGCACGUGCUGACGCACAACCUGAGCCACAAGUGCCCCGUGUGCGGCAAGGCGUUCUCGCGGCCCUGGCUCCUGCAGGGCCACAUGCGCUCGCACACCGGCGAGAAGCCGUUCGGCUGCGCCCACUGCGGCAAGGCGUUCGCCGACCGCUCCAACCUGCGCGCCCACAUGCAGACCCACUCGGGCCUCAAGCACUUCCGCUGCGCGCGCUGCCACAAGUCGUUCGCGCUCAAGUCCUACCUCAACAAGCACCUCGAGUCGGCCUGCUUCAAAGAGGACGGCUGCGUCUCCUGGUCCGUGGACGACUCGCUGGACGGCCUGCAACCGCUGUAAGCUGCGGCCUUCCCAUCGGAAGAGACCCGGCCGCGCUGAGUGGGCCCACGAGGGGCAUCGCGAUUCGGUCGCGCCGUUCUUGUGUACUGGCAGGCUAAACAGCGGCCUGCCAAUCAACGAAUCUGCACGAUGGGGCGCAGUCCUCGUCACUGUUGUUAAUUCUUUUGCCUGAUACUCGGCCGCAGCUCACGCAAAGCAUGAAAACGCUAGGCACGCUGGUGUCAGGGUUUGCAAUGUGGGUUUCGACCCAAACCGCUGUAUAGGUGUACGUACGUGCCAUUGCCGCAAGAAACAUUUCGAGUGUGGCCUCCAAAAUAUAAUCGUUUCAGUACAUUGUACAACAAGGCAAACAUUUCAUCAUUCAUAACAAAACAUUUAAAUGUCAAAGUACCACCGCUGGGUUCUUCAUCCCAUUCCUCUCUCUUCUUGGGCGGCAGCCACGAAACAAGAAAUGUUUGUCUUUGUUACAGUUUGAAAGGUCCCUGGUUUUUUGUUUUGCUUGUUGUUACGAGUCUCGAGUAACAGCGAUCUUCGAUUCAUAAUUGUCUGCCUGCACUAGCAUUCACGUAGCUAUCCGGGACCCUGUGGUCAAAACGCAAGUUCAAAGUGCCACGGCUGGGAGACGACGUGCAGAAGGCAAAGAGGGCGCUUAGUUUCGCCCAUUACGAAAUGGCGUGCACUUAUCACUGCGGCGUAGCGGCGAAAACAAAAACACCUGCAGCUUGCUUUGCAUCGAUCGCCACGGUGAAGCUGUUUGCUUUAAUGCACAUGCCAUAAAAAGUGGCGCCGCCGGGCACUUUUUCACGCGUUGUGCUGUCGUCGAUGCCCUCCAUAGCCACCGGCACCAAGCGACGCCUGGGCCGAAAAAAAAAAAAAACGAAGAAUUUCAGCUCUAGUAUGUUGCACGACGCAGUCAAACGAAGCAAUAACCUCAACCACCGUAAGCGUCUAUGCAAUGGUAAUUACAUUUUUGUUUUAUUUUGCCAGGAUAAAUGCAAGCCACAUGGUAGCAUUUGAAAGAACGCUCAUUUUGAAAAUCGCUCCAGCAAUAAGCGUCGGCACGCAUGCUACCCUGAGCACCCGGACCAAAAGCAAUACGAAUAACGUCGGCGAACUACAGCGCCUGAAUCCGAGGACAAACGAUUUGACGCGUCUAGUCAGAAUCCGCGAAGGAUCGCGAGCCUGGCAGGGAACCUGUCGCGUCGAAGCAAGAAUCGAUAAAGGCUUGCGCGCGCUUGUGCGAAAACUGCGAUAGCUCUAGAAGAAUGGUGCACAUAGAGGUGAUAUUUAUUGAGCUCAUUGUAUUUAUUUAGCCAAAUAGGUGUUUGUUUAUAUACACGCUGACUUAAUAUUGCACGUUUCACUGUAUAUACUCAUUUAUUUGCAACAAUGACAUAGAUCUGUGCUAGUCAGAUUUAGCGCAAGUACGAAGACUACUCACUAGACACGUAGAGUAUAUUAUUGCAAGGUCUCAAAGUAUAUUUAGACCACGAAAACGUACGCGUGAUCAAAGGCCGGCGUCGGACGUGAGGGACGGGCUUCUGAAGACAAUGACGGAACAACCUGGCACGCUGCUUGUGGCCCAAGCAACUGGCAUCGGACACACAGAUGCGCACACGCGCACGCACACACAAAGAGAGAGAGGGAGAGACCCACACACACACACAAACACACACGACUACAAGAAAGCUCCCGUCAGCUACGAGUCUCAUGAGCGCGGAGAAAAGCUUCCAUGGGCAUGUAUCCCAACUGCUACUUGCGCGCGUGUGUUCGUUUCACUCACAGCCUAACAUUUCUUUCCCUCCUCCUAAAUCUACGACCAUCGACUUAGCAGUUUUGUGAUAGUCCAUGUUGCUAGAUGCCAGUCAAACUUUCACGCGAGGUUCUUUUCCUCAUCGUCGAUCGCGUACGCUUUCAAUACGUGAGCGUCAUAUAUUAGACUUUCGGCUUCUUAGCAGUUAAGUACGUUACUGUUAUGACUACAAAGUGCGCAGGUCAGUAAAUGGCUUUGUACGAGCUGGACGAAGGAGCAUUCAUGUUCCCACAUCGAGUUGCAAAAGGACGUCUUAGCAAUUCUGUUCACAGAAAGCGUCAACCGUGGCCGUACCGUUUAGCUUAUUGGUCUAUAUACAAAAACGCUAAUCUAGCGGUUAUGCAAUGGUAGCUUAUAAAUUAAAAACCGUGCCCACACGCCCACAAAUUCUAAAUGCGUAACGGCUUAAGGGCUAACAGGAGCAGGUGAUGUGGUGAAAGUUCCAGACAACAAAUGUGUUCUUGUUGCAAACAUUUCUGAGAACGAUAUCGUUAUUGAAGUAAUAAAAUUGCGUGAGAAUACCAGGCACUCCAAGGUUGGACCCGCGCAGCCACAAGCUGCACAGAAACAGUAACUUCACAAAGACGCUGAGGGGUAAAUGUACAGAUACUUCGCGACGUAAUAAGAAUCACUUUGAGUGUUCUGGGCUCAUAAAACACAGAUCGGCGAACUGCA